AUGGAUAACAGCAACAGCAACAGCAGCAACCGUCUGUACCUCAACUUCGGAAACGGCAACGAACGCCUUGCACCCUCCGGCGAUCGCUCCAACUAUCCCACCACGCCCUCGACGUUUCCGCAGCCCGUCUUCCCGCAGUCCUCGGGCCAGCAGCAGCAAUCCAGCAACCUCCACCCCCCGCAGCAGCAGCAGCAGCAGCAACAGCAGCAGCAGCACUACAGCACUGGUUAUGCCCCUCCAGGCUACUUCGUGCCUAACCAGUACCCUCCGCAGUACCCCGCCCAGCCUCAGGCCACCGACUUUGCUCCUCAAAAUGUCUACCAACAGCGUUCCAACACCCCAGGCACCAACGACCCCAACACUGGCCUUGCUCACCAGUUUUCCCACCAGAACCUAGGAGGUGCCGCGAGGGCUGCUCCCGGCUAUGGCGCCCGGGGCGCUUCUCCGGCCCAGAGGCCCCGUACUGCUGGCGCCUCCGGCCAGCCUUCAGGCUACGGCAGCUACCCCGCUGCCCCCAUGCCGACGCAGAGCCCCGCGCCUGUCGAUGAAUUUGCCCGUGCUCCUGAGCGCAACCCUGACAAGUACGGCUCGAACGCCAACAACAACCAGGUCAAGUGCUCCAAGCUUGCUGCCGAUUUCUUCAAAGACAGUGUGCGACGCGCACGUGAGAGGAACCAGAGGCAAAGCGAGAUGGAGCAGAAGCUUGCGGAGCCCAACCAACCCGCAUCGAGGCGUGAGCAGAUUUGGUCGACCGGUGGCCGUAAGGAGGGCCAGUACCUCCGCUUCCUGCGCACAAAAGAUCGUCCCGAGAACUACGCCACGGUGAAGAUUAUCGGCAAGGGCGCUUUCGGCGAGGUCAAGCUGGUUCAGAAGAAGCAAGAUGGCAAGGUCUACGCCAUGAAGUCUCUCAUCAAGACAGAGAUGUUCAAAAAGGACCAGCUGGCUCACGUGCGCUCCGAGCGUGACAUUCUUGCCGAGUCGGACAGCCCCUGGGUCGUCAAGCUCUUCACCACCUUCCAAGAUUCGUACUUCCUCUACAUGUUGAUGGAAUUCUUGCCCGGCGGCGAUCUGAUGACCAUGCUUAUCAAGUAUGAGAUCUUUUCGGAGGACAUUACACGUUUCUACAUUGCCGAGAUUGUGCUCGCGAUCGAGGCCGUCCAUAAGCUGGGCUUCAUCCAUCGUGAUAUCAAACCCGACAACAUUCUGCUCGAUCGAGGCGGCCACGUCAAAUUGACCGAUUUCGGUCUCUCCACCGGCUUCCAACGCUUGCACGACAACAACUACUACGCUCAGCUGAUGCAGGGCCGCUCCAACCGGCCCCGCGACCGCAACUCGGUGGCUCUCGAUCAGAUCAACCUGACGGUCAGCAACCGUUCGCAGAUCAAUGAUUGGCGAAGGUCGCGACGUCUCAUGGCCUACUCCACCGUUGGUACGCCCGACUAUAUCGCGCCGGAAAUCUUCACUGGGCACGGUUACACCUACGACUGCGAUUGGUGGUCGCUUGGUACCAUCAUGUUCGAGUGCUUGGUCGGUUGGCCACCUUUCUGCGCCGAGGACAGCCACGAUACCUAUCGGAAGAUCGUGAACUGGCGUCAGACGCUGUACUUCCCCGACGACAUCACCUUGGGCACCGAGGCUGAGAACCUGAUAAGGAGCCUGAUCUGCAACACGGAGAACCGUUUGGGCCGAGGUGGCGCCCACGAGAUCAAGGCCCACAGCUUCUUCCGCGGCGUCGAGUUCGACAGCCUGCGUCGCAUCAGGGCACCGUUCGAGCCCAGGCUCACCUCGGCCAUCGAUACGACGUACUUCCCGACGGACGAGAUCGACCAGACCGACAACGCCACCGUGCUCAAGGCGCAGGCCGUGCAGCAGCGCGCCGCUGGCCAGCCUGGCCCCGUGGAGGAGACCCCUGAAAUGAGCCUGCCCUUCAUCGGUUACACCUUCAAGCGAUUCGACAACAACUUCCGCUAG